AUGGCGUCGUUGCGGGAGUCAUCUCUAGCUGCGAGCACUCUCCGCAGACAUUUCUCUCAAACCGCGCACCCUUCCCGCGACGAUAUCCAUAUCAUGCCUGAAGACGGCGGCAUCAACGGCCGCGCAGACCCAACCGAACGAACAGGGCUCCUGUCGCGGAUCACCACCACCGACUCAGGGACACCGUACCACAAGCAUGAAAAUGUCUGGAUCAAAUACCCUUUCUUAGUGCUACACUUGACCUGGGAGAUUCUUAAGACCAACUACGUCAAUGUCUUCUUGGUGUUUGUGCCGAUAGGCAUCCUGGCGGGCGUGUUGAAGUGGGCCCCUGCGCUCCAAUUCGUUUUCAAUUUUAUUGCCAUCAUCCCCCUGGCAUCUCUUCUCGCUUUUGCGACGGAAGAGCUCGCUGUUCCCUUGGGCCAGACAAUUGGAGGGCUCUUGAAUGCGACGUUUGGAAAUGCCGUGGAGUUGAUUGUGAGCAUCAUCGCUCUCCAAAAGGACGAGAUCCGCAUUGUCCAAGCGAGCAUGCUGGGCAGUAUCUUGUCCAACAUCCUCCUCGUCCUGGGCUGCUGCUUUUUCGCUGGCGGCAUCAGAUACCCCGAACAGAGCUUCAAUUCCACGGUGGCAUCGACCAUGUCAUCGCUCAUGACGGUGGCCACCUCGUCAUUGAUCAUUCCUGCCACCUUGUACGCUGUCAUGUCCAACAACAAGGCACAGGACGAUAACAUCAUGAUUCUGUCGCGCGGAACGGCGAUCAUUCUUCUGCUCAUCUACGUCGCUUACCUGUACUUCCAGCUCAAAUCACAUGCCAGCCUGUUUGACGACGCCGAAGCGCAAGGGGCAGAUGGCGAAGAAGCUCAGCUUCUCGGUCCGUGGGCUGCCGGCAUUGUCUUGGUGGUCAUCACGCUUCUUGUCGCCAUCUGUGCCGAAUAUCUGGUCGACAGCAUUGACGCCAUUGUCGAAGAAGCGCACAUUAGUAAGACCUUUAUCGGUCUGAUCUUAAUUCCCAUUGUCGGAAACGCCGCCGAGCACGUCACAGCGGUGAUCGUCGCGUGGAAGAACAAGAUGGACUUGGCCAUUGGCGUUGCCAUUGGAUCUAGUCUGCAAAUCGCCCUCUUCGUCACUCCUUUCCUGGUGGUGUUGGGCUGGAUCAUGGAUAAAAACAUGACGCUGCACUUUGAGACCUUUGAGACAGUCAGCUUCUUUUUGGCUUCACUGGUCGUGGUGCUCCUGAUUCAGGACGGCAAGUCGAACUACCUCGAAGGAUUGCUCUGCCUGGGCAUGUAUUUCAUCAUUGCAUUGGCGUUCUACGUCUUGCCGGACGAUGCGGGCUCCGGCUUGGACUUGGGGAAGAUCUUUGGCGGCGGGAGCGGUGGUGCGUGA